AUGGCGGAGGCUAAGGCGCUGAUGACCAAGGAGCCGGCCCCGCAGUCGGUGCCCGUCUCCGAGCUACCCAGAAAGGUGUGUGAGGUGGCGCUGAACACGGGGCCCGACUCCUCCAGCGGCCUGACCACGUCCGGCUUCCGUACGGCCAAGUACCUGACCCACGAGUGGCACCAGAGCAACUCUGAUCUGUACAACAAGGCCUCCGCCGGUUGCGACUGGGGGGAGUGCAACCGGGCCGAGUCCAAGGAGCUGUCUGCUCAUGCGGCUGCCACUGCUCAGCGUGCUCAGCAGAGCUCCACAGCCGCCCUGGGCCAGCGCCUGCAGGACAUACACUUCUGGAAGUCUGAGCUCCAGAGGCAGAUCGAGGACCUGGAUGCCGAGACCAGCCUCCUGGCAGCACAGAAGCUGCGGCUGGAAAGGGCGCUCGAUGCCACUGCGGUGCCCUAUGCCAUUGCCACCGAUAACCUGCAGUGUCGGGAGAGGAGGCAAUCCCCAGACCUGGUCAAUGAUGAGGUGGAACAAGAGUUGCUGAAGGAAGCUGAGCUUAUCAGAAAUGUUCAGGAGCUUUUGAAAAGAACUUUGUCGCAAGCUGCUAACCAGAUGCGGUUAAAUCGAGAUCAUAAAGAGAUUUGUGAAAUGGACUGGUCAGACAAAGUUGAGACCUACAACAUAGAUGAUAAAUGUGGAAGAUACAGUAACGAGAGCACCAACAUCCAGUUCCACCCUAGUUCAGUGAAGUAUGAGGAAAGUGCCUCAACACCAGAGACAUGGCCCAAGUUCAGUCAUGACAACAUCUACAGGGCAGAACGAGAAAAACUGGCUUCCAUCAAUCUCCGUGCCUUGAUUGACAGUAUCCUUCAUGAUGUAUCUGAGGACCUGAGGAGACAAUGUGCUGCUGUGAAUGAGGCUUUUGUCAGGCGCUGUGAGGAGCUGGAUGAUGCAAAACACAACCUAGAGCAUCAUUUGAAGAAUGUGCUUAAGGCGAUUGGGAAUCAAGAAGCGAACAUUGCUGCUCUCAAAAAAGCCAUCAAAGACAAAGAAGCCCCAAUGAAAGUUGCUCAAACAAGGCUGUAUGACAGGUCUUUUAGGCCCAAUGUAGAGCUCUGCAGAGACGAAGCACAAUUCAGGUUGAUCAGUGAAGUUGAAGAACUAACGGAGACCAUUGAAUCCCUGAAGCGAAAACUGCUGGAAUCUGAACAGUCUCUGAAGAACCUGGAAGACACAAGGAUGGAUUUAGAAAAAGAAAUAGCUGUGAAAACAAACAGUAUUUUUAUUGACAGGCAGAAGUGCAUGGCCCACCGCAUGCACUACCCUGUUGUUCUUAAAUUAGCAGGUUACUAG